AUGUCCCAAGUCCUCGCGGAGUGGGGGGUUGGCCUGGCGGUCGCCGCCGAGCCGUACCGCGUGCCGGAUCACCCACAUUGGGUGGGCGACGCGGACGGUUUGGUGGCGACGGUAUGGGGAGGUGGCGACGGGUCCCCGCCGUUCUCCAUUCUGGAGCGCGGUCGGGGUUUCGUCGCCGUGGACUGGGGGGGAGUCGCCGUAGUGGGGUGCUACAUCUCGCCCCGCAGCGGUCACGCCGCGUUCGAGCUGUACUUGGCCGAGGUCGCGGCAUGCGUGCAGCGCUGCGCGGCCCGGCCGGUGCUAGUCCUGGGGGACUUUAACGCCAAGUCGGUGGCUUGGGGAUCCCCUAGGACCACCGUUCGCGGCGGGAUCCUGGGCGACUGGGCGGCGGGGCUCGACCUUCGGUUACUGAACCGGGGGUCGGAGCACACGUGCGUGCGGCGAUAUGGGGGGUCUAUCGUGGAUGUUGGAUUCGCGACCCCCAACGCCGUGCGCAUGGUGUCGGGUUGGCAGGUGGCCCCGGAGGCAGAGACACUCUCCGAUCACCGGUAUAUCCGGAUGGAGGUCUCUGCCGCCGGGGCUGCGUCCCGGCACCGCCGCCCGGAUGGCACCCCACCGCGCCGCUGGGCGCUUCGGCGCCUGGACAAGGACGCCCUGAUGGCAGCUGCCCUCGCUGCAACUUGGCCGCAGGUGGCGGCCGAGUUGCCAAGCAUGGAGGAGGAGGCUGCCCGGCUCGGGGUCGCCAUCAAACGGGCCAAGGCCCAGGCAUGGAAGGAUCUCCUCCAGACCCUCGAUGACGAUCCUUGGGGGCGCCCGUACAGGGUGGUGCUGAAGAAGCUCCGCCCGUGGGCGCCCCCCGUCACCGAGGGUCUUGACCCCCGGCUGCUGGAGGACGUGGAAGUUUUUGAUAAACGUAAGGACGUUACCAUGAAAGCCCAGCUUUUUUAA